CAAGCUAGCUAAUGUAGCUUCGUUUCUUCUGCGGCGUUUUUAGUGUUUAAUAGUGCUUUGUUUAUUACUUUGUUGUUGUUUUUGUGCCAUGCCGACCCCUUAAGCAAGUGUGCAGCUAUGGAUGUUCAUCUUGCUGCGUUUGCAGCUUGCCGCUUGCGCCAUUGUUUAUACUCGGGAGCAGCUGUUAGCUUUGAGCAUCCCUUCGCGACGCCGAAUGAUCGGAUAUCCCCGCGGAGAUAUAGAGGCUGCAUAGCGGGAAUGAACGGCGAAAAAGACGGUCCUAUCAAGACAAGGUCAUGGGGAAAAAGAGGAACUCACUACCAAAAUAAAACAGGUCGGCACCAAAGGCUGCCAAAGGCCAAGGCCUUCAUGCGCCAGUGCAGAGAUGCUGAAACCCAAGACGUCCGCUGGAACCUUACUCACUGUUGAUGUCGUCGUCGCCUGAUUCACAUCACUUCAUAUGCCAAGGGAAAACGAAGCCAAGUUGGGUUGCUUCCAUCUGAUCCAUCAAGUGUCCUAUCGGAGCUGACCUCGUUCAGGUGUGGACCAUAGACUGGAUCGUCUCGACAAAACCCUAUAUUGACUUUUUUCCACAAUCGUGUGAAACCCAUUCAAACACUUGGACAUGGUAUUAACCAGCGAAAGGAUACUAGGAUACCUGCGUCUGAGGGAAGGCUAGUCCUGGGAAUGUCCUCCCAGAGACGAUUACAGCUACUUGCCAGAUGCAUUGCCACCUGUUCCUGAAGUCCCGGACUCUGGCUCAGUCCUGAGCUCCAGCGACAUCCCGACUCGCUGCCUCCGCAAUCCGGCCUUCCGUUACGCUUCCUUGCGCUAUUGCUCUGCACACAGCAUGGACUCCUCUCCAGACAGCGCCGAAAGGCCAGUCAGCUACAGCUCCACCUCAUCCUCCGCUUCCUCCCGGGACAGUCACUGCUCACUGGGCAGCCGCUCCACACUUGUCCACACCCCUCACUGUAACCCUGUGACCUCAGACCAGGACUCUGGAGCUAUACGUUUGGAGCUGGUUCCGGCCCAGCAGCUGGGAUGCAGAGAGGAGGACAGAAGAGAUGAUGGAAGGAUGGAAACAGGAAGGCAGCCUGGGAGAAAGGGCACUGAACAGACGGCAACUGAUCAUUCAGAACCGGAGCUGGGUCUUGACAGAGGGGGAGAACGGAUUGGUGAGGUGCAAGGACCCAAAACGUAUGUGGACCGGGUGGUGCAGGAGAUACUGGACACAGAGAGAACCUAUGUCCAGGACCUCAGAAGCAUUGUGGAGGACUACUUAGAGAAUAUCAGUAACCAGCCUCGAUUGGCUUUGAGCUCUGAGGAUAAAGGCUCUCUGUUUGGCAACAUCAAGGACAUCUACCACUUUAACAGGGACUUGCUUCACCACCUGGAGAAGUGCAACGCUGACCCUGUGGCCAUUGCAGAAUGCUUCGUAUCAAAGAGUGAAGAAUUCCACAUUUACACCCAGUACUGCACCAACUACCCCAGGUCGGUGGCUGUGCUAACCGAGUGCAUGAGGAACAAGGCGUUGGCCAAGUUUUUCCGCGAGCGCCAGGAAUCUCUGCGGCACUCCUUGCCCCUGGGCUCCUACCUGCUGAAGCCAGUGCAGCGGAUCCUCAAGUACCAUCUGCUGCUUCAUGAGAUAGCCAACCAUAUGGAGAAGGACACAGAGACGUAUGAGGUCGUGCAGGAAGCCAUAGACACCAUGCAGAGAGUAGCCUGGCACAUCAAUGACAUGAAGAGGAAGCACGAGCACGCUGUUAGACUGCAGGAAAUCCAGAGCUUGUUAACCAAUUGGAAAGGCCCUGAUCUGAUCGGCUAUGGAGAGCUGGUCCUCGAAGGAACGUUUCGUCUGCAGCGAGCCAAAAACGAGAGAACGCUGUUCCUGUUCGAUAAGCUCCUGCUGAUCACUAAGAAACGAGAAGAAACCUUCACGUACAAGGCUCACAUCCUGUGCUGCAACCUCAUGCUGGUGGAAGUCAUCCCUAAAGAACCGCUGAGUUUCAGCGUGUUUCACUACAAGAACCCUAAACUACAGCACACGGUCCAGGCCAAAUCCCAGCAAGAUAAGCGCACGUGGAUCUUACACCUGAAGAGGCUCAUACUUGAAAACCACCCUGCCAAAAUCCCUGCCAAGGCCAAACAAGCCAUUCUGGAGAUGGAUGCAAUGCACCAUCCUGGAUUUCACUUCAGCAGUCCUGAUAGCGACAAAAAGGAUUCUCCUCAGGCAAAAGAGGGCCCCACCCCUCGGAGAGGACGCAGGAAAGAACCUUUGUCAAAAUUACUGAAGAAUGCCAGACAGAAUGCUGCCAACACUGAUGGAGAAAAGCGAACAAGUCUGGGCGCAACCCUGCUCUCUCCGGUGUCCCAGCUGGCUCUGGGAACGAUAGGUCGCAGCCGCAGUCUCAUCAACCAAUCACAGGAGUCCUUGGACCCUGGUGACCACUACGACCACAGUGAUAGAGAGGAAGGGGAGGAGCCACAUCAGCAAGAUGCUGAUGAUGAGGAUGAUAGCGGCCUGGGAGGUGGGAAAAGGUUGCGAGUCCCAGGUAAAGGCAGUAGAAAGAGGCUGAACCCUCAAGCAUCUGUGGAUAGUAUCGAACAGUGGAAAGCCUUCAAUAUGAGCGCUUCAGAUCUACAGAGAGCCAGAGAAUCCCUUGUGAGGGACGCAAGUCACCACCCUCCACUUCGCAGGAUCCCUCAUGUCACAGAAGAACCCCCAGAGUCCCCGAUCCCAUCAGUGGUCGUGACAGAUAGUGAUCACUCUGUUCGGAACAUUUGGGCAGACCACCGCGCUCGCAGGGCCAUGUUCCCCACCAGACAGAGAACAAUGCAGCCUGACGAUGACGACGAGGACAUCUACCAGAUGUUUGUUCCCACAGAACCAACCGGACCAGAACCUGAAGUGCCCUCAGAGAGAUUGGAUGCCACCUUGUCUCCGAGAAUGGCCCGGCCGUGCAGCUGGCAUGUAGAACAGCUCCCGACUAUCCAGACUGAACCUCCAUCGAGUGGAAGCAGGGUUCUGCGAAGGGCGAGCAGUGUUGGGGAGAAUGCGACAGAGGUUAAGAAAAGUCCGGAUGACAACCAGCCUGGUCACAACCUGGAAGUGAUACACACAGAAUCCUCCAGCAAUGACAUAUCUGGAUCCUCGUCAGCUGAACAGCUAACGAUGGAUGAUAUUGAAAAUGUAUAUGACAACAUCAGUUAUGAAGACCUGAAGAGAAUGGGCCUUAUCCGAAGAGAUUCAGAGGAAAUACGGAAAGAACCUUCUGAUGUACACAGCUUACAUAGCCAAUCAGCAAUGACGCCUAACGUUCCAGAGGUUCUUGACACCACAGAGCCUUCCAUCAAAUUAGAGAGCAACCAGUUCUCAACUCAGGAAGGGAAGCCAACUGAGACAUCUGAGCUGAAGAUAGUCGAGGAGAAUAUCUAUGACACCAUUUGUUUUAGGGAUCCUCCAUCAAUAGAAGGCAAGGGAAUUAAACCUGAUCACCAGAGAGACAGUCUGCCGGCUUCUGAACAGGACUUAAAUGGAAGCAUCCGAGCGUUUGUAUCGGAGGAGAGUCUCCGCUUUGGAGACGAUGAACGACCAGGAGCCCUCAAUCUAGAAUUCUCCUCAUCAUCUGCUUCUAUUGCCUCCCAACAUUCACAGAAAGGAGAUCAAAUGUCAGAGCAUGUUGAUGAGCUCUGGAAUGACUUGGAAAACUACAUCAAGAACAACGAGAGGAAAGCCGACCGACUGCCUGCUGCUUUCCCAGUCAGUGCCAUUGAGUCAACCAAGACGACAUCCCCAGUCAAAACCAGUCUUGGGGCAGAUCCCCAAGGAGCCAUCCAUCCAACGAAGACCCCCCCAGCAGAACAACCUAAACCUCCUCCUAUGCGUUCGUCACAAUCCUUCACCAUCCCAGUCAUCAACCUCCCUGACCUUCAAAGUGACGGAACCACUGAAGACGAUCACCCGAGUCCUGUUCCUAGUCCACAACCGCUUCCAGUCCCACCAGAACCCCUCCCUGGCACAGUGAAGAGCAUCCGCAACAGAUUGGCUCGCCUCAGUAGCGGCAGCUUCCGACUCGAGGACGAUGACCUGGUGGAACUUCCUCCAAAAACCCCUCCUCAGACCGUAAAUCCUAUCAAGGAUCUCCAUACUUUGUUUCCAGGGCAGCUCGCAGGUCUGGAUUCACCACUGGCAUCCUCCUCUCUGCUGCUGGGUGAAUCAGUGGACUUUCCUCUAGAACUUAUGGACAAAACCAAGAGUCGUGUCUUUCUGAUGGCACGGCAAUAUAGCCAGAAGAUAAAGAAAGCUAAUCAGCUGCUGCGUAUGAGGAGCAUGGAUCCUGGGGACUCUUGUGGUCGACCGAGAGCUGACAGGAGGCAGAAAGACCUGGCUGCCAUCUUAGAGGAAAAGAAACAAGGAGGAGCUGCUAUAGGUGCAAGGAUAGCAGAGUAUUCCCAGCUCUAUGACCAGGUCAUGUUCAAGGAUUCUUCCGCUACAGCGCACCACAGCCACCCGGGUCUAUCGUCUUCUCCGUCGAUGCCUGAGACCUCCCUGGAGGAGGAAUGGCUACACUCCACCUACAGCAAUGGAGAGCUUUCCAGCUUCAUGUCUUCUUCCGGCGAUGUGCGCAACGCAAGAGCCUCAUCCACGCCUCAGCGCAAACUUACAACAUCCUGCUCCAUCCCUUCUCUGAAGAUGGCCCCGGUCUCCCCGAGCUCACCACCAUCACAGAGAUGGAGUUCGUGCAUAUCGGCGCCCAGCGAGAAAGACGAGCAUGUGUACAGUACCAUCAAGAGACAGCCUGCUUCUCCAACAAGACACUGUCAGUCAGUCAGCUCUUUAAGUAGCCAGCAAUUGGAGAACAACCAGUCUGGACUGAUAUGUAAUGGACCUGCUGUAGAAAGACUCCAAGGUCCCUCUUUGGGCCGUGCUGGUCGGCAGAGCAGCCUCCCAGAGAGGUCCACCCAAGGAGAUUCAGAUCUCACCUUACAUGACGGCCAACAUGUACUUGUCCUGAACCGAGCAUCCGCCCUGAGUAUCCUCACCGCCACCCAGAACUACUUCGCCAACUUCAAAGACAAUGGGGACGAUGACGACUAUGUGGAGAUCCGCUCCGAGGACGAAAUCGAACCAGAGCAGAGCGGGAUGACGCAGCAAAGUUGCAGCUCCGUGGCGGGUCUUUCAUAUCCAAACAGGGGUCUCGUCCAUUCCCGGAGUUUGCCAUGCACACCAGUGCACUCCUCUGACCCGCUGACGUCGUUGAAUCGUGAGCAACUGGAGAAGUACCUAUGGAGUGAACCACAGCAGAACCAACCCAAAAUUGUCCAAUCUCUGAGGGAAAAGUUUCAAUGUCUGAGCUCCAGCAGCUUUGCCUGAGUCAACUAAAAAGCCAAAUAUAUUACACCUCAGACGUUGCAACAGUCCCUGCUUCUACUAUUACUACUACUACUACUACUACUACAAAGAAAAGGGAAUAUAACACAAAUGUAGCACAUGUUCUAAGUAAGCCAAUUUCUUAACACUGUACUGUAUAUAUAAAUAUUAACUCUAUUUUAUGCUUCGGAGUAAAGAGCAUAGGAUGUUGUUGUUGAACAAUGGCGCUUUGAAUCCUACCUGCAGGCUGCCUUAGCACUUCCAUUCUUCUCAUGAAGUAAUCCCACGUUACACAAAAGGAUCUUCUUCCGUAGAGCCCUCCUAUUAGUCUUUUUAGCUUAUUUUAAAUCAGCAUUUUCAGCACCUAGCCACACAUUCAAAACGUCACAUCAGCAGCUUUACAAAUUGCAGCGGAUCUGCUACCCAGGCUCACUUUGAACAAGCUUUUUUUGCAAUAAAUCUUACAAAAGUAACACGUUAGAUAUUACAAAUUUAAUAGGGUAAGCAUAAUCAAACAUGUGGAUUUGUAGUGAUAAUACAGUAUGUGUCUUAGGGUAACAAAAAAAAUCAUCAUUAUAAGAAACAUAUUUAUUUUAUCUGGAUUUUAAUCCGGCACCACACUGAUGGUUGAUUUAAGGACUACAAUACUGUACAGCGUUUUACUUCAGUGGAAAGUAAGUGGUUGUGUAUCACACUACUGAUCAACAGUUACACAGAUCUGUUCAUUAAUAGUUGUCUUACCAUAUUUCAUAUCAGCAAAUCUACACACUAUUCAAAGCAUUUUAUUUAUUCAAAAGCAUCCCUUUGAUGACUUGUAUUACUAUUCACGCCAAGGGCAGGUCCGUUACAGGUUGUAAAUGAAAGAUUAAUGUAUUUAUUAAAAGUUUAUUUUGAUUUUGGGGGUGUUAUUCCGCCACGUUCAAAUCAAAUACUGUGAAUGGGUAGUUAUUUUUUUCCCUUUUGUGCACUGCUUCAAACAAGUUCCAAAUGUAAAGAUAAUAAAGAUUAAAAAGCACAACAUGACAAACUGUUCAUAUCAGGAAAUACAAGUUAAGAAUAUGAAGUAUGUUGUUUUGUUUCAUUGUAUAUUUUCAUCCUCGGCUUCACAGAUGGGGAUUGCCGGUCUUUGUUGACUCCUUUUUUUUUUGCACUUCAAACGUCAACUUUGUAAACACUUUGUAAAGAUGUACAUUUUAGGAAAGUUAUUCUUGUAUGCCAUAGUAUGCUUUACAAUGCUCUCAAGUUUAAGUUAAGUGUACUGUAUUUUUUUAACGGCCUAGAUGUCAUUGCUCAACAAAAACAAUGUAUUGGAGGUAAUAAAUUCUAAACUGUAAACUC